AUGGGCAGGCUCAUCAAAAACCAUUGGGCUCGAUUGAUCAUAAUGACUGCUUCAGCAUAUCAAAUAGUCAGUGCCAUAGAAGGCUUCAUCUGGCCAAAAGUCUUCUGGGACUUCAUAUCAAAAAAUCUCGACGCUGCAGUCUCACCAGUACCUGUCCUGCAGAUUCUGAACCUGAUAAUGGGUCUCAUAGGUCUAGCCUGGGAAUGGCCUUUGAAAGGAGUCUUUGCAGGCUCAUAUUUACAUCGAAGCAUUGAAAUGCGACUGGUGGUUUAUCCACUGAGUGCUUUAUUUGCCGCCUUGCUUUAUCAAGGGACAGAUCCUGCCUUAUACUAUAUGAUUGGGAUUGGGGUUUACUUCUGGGCCUACAGUGAGGGAGAGAUCGUUUGUGCUAAACCUUGGACAUUACCAAAACGGUCGGCAUUACUGAAGACAUAG